AUGGCUUUCAAAACAACCCUGCACGUUAGCGGGUUUCCACGAGGAGUCAGGACCAGAGACCUGGCGCCUGACUUCGAAAGCAUAGGAAGGGUUGUUCGAAUUGACAUGCCACCGGCUAGAUCGCCAUACGCACGUCCAUACGCCUUCGUAGAGUACGAAACGCCGGAAGAAGCACAAGCGGCCAUCGCGCAAUUGGAUCAGCAACCAUUUUCCUUGGACCCACAGUUCUCGCUUUUUGUUCAGUUGGCGCGGUCUGAACCCCGUCCUUCAAGGUUCAGCGCCGAUCGCGGUCACCCACGAGAGCCUGAACCAUACCAGGAGUACCCACCCAGCAGUGAUUACGGCGCUAGAAGCUACACCAACGAGCACGAAUACGGCGAGGAAUACCCACCUCGCAGGCCAAUGCGUGACGACAUGUCCCGCCAGCGAGGUGCAUAUGGGCCAAGGUCCUACAGAAGCAAUCGCCAACCCGACUACGGAUCUCGUAGACGAGAGCUGUCGCCUGCGAGAGUUCACACCGAUGGUGGACCAGCGCCUUACCAAGAUGUUCUGCACAAUAAUGCGGCGUCCCUCUUGAAAAAAACCGAAACCUCUAGUGCUCAAAGCGGGCCCCAAGAUACCCACAAACCAAAUGAUGCUCAGGAUCAAGAUAUGGACCAAUACAACCCCGAGGAUACGUCAGCCCCUUCCGCAUCCACUCUAACUAAGGCCCGGAGCGCUUCAAAUGAUGACCCAACGGUACCCCAAGAAGCUCACAACGUUCCAGUUGAAAACUCAGAAGGACAAGACACAUCUGCUGCUCAACCGGCUGCGCCGCCAGUAGAAGACUCUGCAAACAAAACUGUGUCAGUACCUGAAAACAAUUCUAUCACUGAGAAUAAUACAGAGUCUGAGAACAACGCCAUUUUGGAAAGCAACGCCGCACCUGAAACUGUGAUUACUGAAAAAGCUCCAGAAAUCCACGCACCAUCGUCAACCGCAGAAAGGGAUGGAGAUUAA